GGACCCUGAGAGAGUGGUGCAGGGUGGGAGGAAGCAUGCAGGCACUGUAGUCGUACAUACCGUAUACCAGUACUGGUAUCGGUACUUCAGUGUCCUGUCACAAUGUGUAUCGUCAAAUCUCAAUAGUCUGCUCACGGUGAGAUACAGUGCUGGGGCACAGUGCAGUACCGGUGCCCAUAUCAUACCCGUGGAUGCAUACAGUGGAACAGAAAUUGUGACACAACGGGGCAGUUAGCCCCCGCACUGCACGCCGUGAUCUGCCUCCUGCUUUCUUCAAUACCGGUACCCGUAUGAUACGAUACCUAUCGCACAUGGGUGCAAGAUGAACAGAGUACUUGCAUGACACAGUAAUCCAACAUCCAGGGCUGGUGCCUACCGUAUCAUACUCGAGUGCAAAGGCCCCGCCGUUAUUACCACCGCGCCCCCGGAAAAACAUUCUUCCUUCCUUACGAGUGUCAUACUUCCUUCCUAGUAUAUAAAUACACGACAACGUCAACAUCAACCACCGCCAUCCUUUCCAACCCUUCUCAAAUCUCCCAAAUCACCACCACUGCCACCACCACCACCCACGCUCUUUUCCCCUACCAUAAAAAGCCCUAAAUGUCCUCAUCCCUAGCACCCGUAAGUUCGCCCCACCCCCCCCCCCCCAGAACAAAAACACACCACGGAUUUAUUCGGCGCAGGCGGUUCUUGGAAGAUUCUAACAGCCUCCCCACCCCACCACAGGAGUGUUCUGAGAAGAAGGAGCGGUACGACACUUGUUUUAUAAAGUGGUAUUCAGAAAGUAUGGUUAAUUCCUGGUUUAUCUACUGAGCAGGAGGGACUAACGGGGUUGAAAGAGUACUUGCGAGGAGAGGGCAGCACAAAUGAGUGUGAGGGCUUGUUUAAGGAGUAUAAGAGUUGUUUGGAUGUGAGUUGUUUUUAGCUUUUUUUUGUCUUUACUAUCACUUGGUAGCUUGAUGGGUGGGCUAACAAUGGGUGGGGGGUGCUAAAGGCAGCUUUAAAGCAGAAAGGAAUUCACAGCAUGAUCGAGGAGGCCAGGAAGACGUCACCAAAUAAUGAUAAUGCGAAGGGGUUAAAGUGAUGGAUGUCUUCGGGUUUCACGAUUUUCAAACGGUGUUUCCACCGUCAUGCGAUGCAGAAGGCACACACGUAUGGUGUAGUGAUUGCUGUUGAGAAGCCGCUUCCUGGACUAUAGGUUAUGUGUCAUCGUGUCAUUGUACUACAGUGCUUUGUGUUAUGGGACUCUCUUCACUCGUAUAUCUUCCUUCAUCUCUACUCUUGUUUCAUGCUUUAUAUUAGGGGGCGCUAUAAUAGAGGUGUUCAUAAAGCGGGUGAUAAUGUACCGUACUCUCCUCCCCCUGGUCUCUGCUAACUACCCUGAGGCUGGUAUCGCCGAGUAGUAAUGUAACAUCCGGGGUGAGCAAUACUGGUACCCCUCCCUCAAUACAAACCUAUCAUGUCAUUCCACAAAAAGAUGCUUGGAAAAAUGAUCGAAGCCGAGUGAUGCCUCAUGACAGUGAGUUACCAUCGCCAAACCACAUGACCCCACCAUCGCCCUCUUGACAACGCGUCUCCCCUUCCGCGACCAAUCCGCCACGGAUCCCCAAGGAAAAAAAGAGCCUCCCCCCAAUUCACCAAUACCCAUUCCUCCAAAAUAAGGGAAAAAAUAAAUAAUGGAACCAAACCGCAUGCGAAAAAUCGAAGUC